GGGAAAAAAAUGCCACGCUCCUUUUUGGUGAAACAGCCUAAGGUUCACGAUUUCUCGUCUUCCAACUACUACCAUCAGCACCAGCAGCACUGGGACGACUCCUACACUGUGACACAUGCCAUCACAGAGUCUGCCACCAACUUGGCGGUGCGUUUGAGUGAAAAUGGCUACAUCCAUGAUUACAUCAUCCCCUCAGUGUUGCAGAGCACAAAGGAGCCAGGUCAUGAUCAGACCGGCCUCUCCUCAGGGCCCCUGUACUCCCCAGGUGGCAGUGCUGGGGAAGAGUUCUCCGACCUCGAUAUGGAGCACCCAGACAGCCCCGUCUCCAGUGGCACAAUUGAGUCAGAUAGUAGCAGUCCUGAGUCAGAGGCAUGCACCAUCAACGCGUUCCUCAUCUCUGAUGGACGCUCCCGCUGCAGACCCAAGCAGAGGUGUACCCGCAAGGGAGGCAGUCAAUCGGACAGCAACGAUCGUGUGGGCUCAGCAGACUGCAGCCCUGUGGCCAAAGGGAAAUCUAAAGGGCGUCAUGUGUGCGGCGAGUGCGGCAAGUCUUACGCCACUUCCUCCAAUCUGAGCAGACACAAGCAGACUCACCGUAGCCUGGACAGCCAGCAGGCCAGGAAAUGUCCCACAUGCCACAAGGUGUAUGUGUCCAUGCCAGCGCUGGCCAUGCACAUGCUGACCCAUGACCUGAAGCACGAAUGCACGGUGUGUGGCAAGGCCUUCAGCAGACCCUGGCUCCUGCAGGGCCACAUGAGGUCUCACACCGGAGAGAAACCAUUCGCCUGUGCCCACUGUGGCAAAGCCUUUGCCGACCGCUCUAACCUGCGCGCCCACAUGCAGACGCAUUCAGCCUUCAAGCACUAUUCCUGCAAACGUUGCCACAAAAGCUUCGCACUCAAGUCCUACCUGAACAAGCACUACGAGUCGGCCUGCUUCAAAGGGUACCAAGCGGAGGAUGACUGCAGCUCUGAGGACUAA